AUCUACAGUGGCUAAACACUGAAGGUCCUAUUUCUCUUCACAAAGACCUUUGUGGAAAAGUUGUGGUGUUGGAUUUCUUUACUUACUGCUGCAUCAAUUGCUUGCACCUGCUGCCUGAUCUCCAUGCGUUAGAGCACCAGUACUCUGAUAAAGAUGGUCUUAUUAUUGUUGGUGUCCAUUCAGCGAAAUUCCCAAACGAAAAAGUUCUGGAUAACAUUAAAAGUGCCAUUCUGAGGUAUAAUAUUGUCCACCCUGUAGUAAAUGAUGCAGAUGCAACACUGUGGCAUGAACUAGAAGUGUCCUGCUGGCCAACUCUGGUCAUUCUUGGUCCUCGUGGAAAUAUGCUGUUUUCACUUGUUGGAGAGGGACACAGAGAGAAGUUGUUUUUAUUUACUUCUAUAACACUGAAAUUCUACAAGGAGAGAGGACAAAUCAAAGAUAACAACAUUGGAAUAAAGCUAUACAGAGACUCCCUUCCACCUUCUCCUCUGCUGUUUCCUGGCAAAGUGACCGUAGAUAAUUCAGGAGAGAGGCUGGUAAUAGCAGACACUGGACAUCAUAGGAUUUUGGUUACUCAAAAAAAUGGACAAAUUCUACACACUAUAGGAGGUCCAAACAGUGGAAGGAGAGAUGGAAGAUUUUCAGAGGCAGCUUUCAACUCACCACAAGGGAUCGCUAUAAAAAAUAAUGUUAUUUAUGUAGCUGAUACAGAAAAUCACCUAAUUAGAAAGAUUGACCUGGAAUUAGAGAUGGUGAGCACUGUAGCAGGCAUUGGAAUACAAGGUGUUGAUAAGGAAGGUGGAGCAAAAGGAGAAGAACAGCCUAUCAGCUCUCCAUGGGAUGUCAUCUUCGGAAAUUCAAUUUCAGGGACUCAGGAAGACGAUGUUUUAUGGAUAGCAAUGGCAGGCACUCAUCAGGUAUGGGCACUGAUGUUGGAAGGUGGAAAACUACCAAAGGGAAGUGAUUUAAAGAAAGGAGUCUGCCUUCGAUUUGCUGGGAGUGGAAAUGAAGAGAACAGAAACAAUGCAUACCCACAUAAGGCAGGCUUUGCACAGCCUUCAGGUCUCUCUCUGGCUUCCGAGGAACCAUGGAACUGCCUUUUUGUAGCGGAUAGCGAGAGCAGCACUGUGCGAACCAUCUCUCUGAAAGACGGAGCAGUGAAGCACGUUGUAGGAGGAGAGAGAGAUCCAUUGAAUUUGUUUGCCUUUGGUGAUGUGGAUGGAGCGGGCAUAAAUGCAAAGCUGCAGCAUCCCUUAGGAGUAACAUGGGACAAGAAAAGAAAACUGCUCUAUGUGGCAGAUUCCUAUAAUCAUAAGAUUAAGGUUGUAGAUCCCAAGAUGAAGAACUGUGCUACCCUGGCAGGCACAGGAGAAGCCAGUAAUGUUAUUGGUUCCAGCUUUACACAAUCAACUUUUAAUGAACCAGGAGGUCUGUGUGUUGAAGAAAAUGGUCGCUUGAUGUAUGUUGCAGACACAAAUAAUCAUCAGAUUAAAGUGCUGGAUUUGGAAACAAAAAUUCUUUCCAUGUUGCCUAUCCUGAAUCCAGAAACAUGCGACGUUCCAGAUAACCUGCCUGUGCAAAAGGAUAAAACAAUAAACCUUCCAAAACUGCCUAAAUCUGCACCAAAUGUUCAGCUUCCUUCACUAACUGUAGCUCCUGGCGAGACAAUUCAGUUUUUAUUAAAGUUGACUCUUCCUCCAGAUUCAAAACUGAACGAAGAAGCACCCAAUUCCUGGUUUAUCACAGCAGAAGAUAAUACCUGGUUGCUUCAAGGACAGUGUCUGUCUGGAGAAAUAAAGGAUGUUUCAUGUCAAACUAUCAUUCCCUUUCAGUUACCCAGGAGCUGUCUGUCCACUGAAGCUAUCCUGGCUGUCAAAGCAUGCCUCUACUAUUGCAGCAAAGGUAGCAGUGCCUGUAUGAUGAAAGGAAUCUCAUUCAGUCAGCCUCUGCAGAUAGCUAGCACAAACCAAGGCAGCUCGACUCAAGUUGAACUGAUACAUGCGUUUUUAACUAACUAA